AUGGCGCAGAGGCUGAGCGAGCGGGGCCGGGGGCCCACGGAGCCCACCGGGCUCUACCGGGCGGUGCUGCUCAGGUCGGCCUCCAUGUACUCGGAGAUCCAGAGAGAGCGGGCGGACAUCGGGGGCCUGAUGGCCCGGCCGGAGUACAGGGAGUGGAACCCUGAGCUCAUCAAGCCCAAGAAGCUUCUGAACCCGGUGAAGGCGUCCCGGAGCCACCAGGAGCUGCACCGAGAGCUGCUCAUGAACCAUAGGAGGGGUCUGGGCCUGGACAGCAAGCCAGAACUGCAGCGGGUCCUGGAGCACCGCCGCCGGAACCAGCUCAUCAAGAAGAAAAAGGAGGAGCUGGAGGCCAAGCGGCUGCAGUGUCCCUUCGAGCAGGAGCUGCUGAGGCGGCAGCAGAGGCUGAACCAGCUGGAAAAACAACCGGAAAAGGAGGAGGAUCACGCCCCUGAAUUCAUCAAAGUCAGGGAAAACCUGCGGCGGAUUGCCACUCUGACAAGUGAGGAGAGGGUGCUGUAG